AUGUCGGACAAGGGUGCAGGCGUCAGGAACGGACACGCAAGAUUCGGGGUACUGGAUGUGGUGAGAAUGGCGAUCGGAGCGGGCAUAGGCUUGUGGCUCCUUGCAAAGGCAGGUGCAUGGAUGGGACUGCAGCCACGGGUGAGCAGGGACCGCGGCGCGGACCUGCAACCGUCGCAGUAUUGGGCGGAACACGGGAUGGAGAUUCCGCACGUGUUCACGGCAACGGAACUAUCGCAGUACAGCGCGGGUACGGGAGGCACACGCCCCGUGCUACUUGCUGUACUGGGGCACGUCUACGAGGUGACGCGGGCGCCGCGGCUAUAUGGUACGAAGGGUCCGUACCGGCGCUUCACCGGGCGUGACUGCUCCAACUUGUUUGGAUAUGCAAUGUGGGAGCUAGGGGCCAUGCGAGCGGCGGCAUGCAGCAGCAACGUAUCAAAUACCACCGAAGUGCAGUUGCAGCGGAUCAGGGGCUGGCAGCGGUUCUACCAGGAGCGGUACCCUUAUGUCGGCGUGCUUGUGUAG